AUGAGUCCUAAAAAACGGCAGCUAAAGUUUAUUGAUCAGACCAAAUGGACCAUACAGAAACAAACAAGAGCAAAAUCGGCAGCGACUAAGCUUUCUGGCAUGUUUCUUUCCACCUUCGACGGCAAAGUUUCAGGGCGGAAUACCAGUUUGCCUGUUGGAGAUGACAAACCAAACAUUCCUUUGAGUGCUACUGACACCACAGAGGAGUCUAUUGACGAAAGCAUCCGGCAGUUUAUGGACUAUCCUUUCAAUGUAGGGGAUUCGCAACUUUUCGAAAAAGAACUUAGUGAAUUGAUACAGCCGGCAGCCAGUUAUGGAUUUCGAGAUUUGAAUGAGACAAUGGACGAGCCCACAAAAAUGAACCCUGAAAUUUAUGUAACAGAUACGGAGGUCAAUGAACCCGAGAGGCCGAGAAAUGUUGAUUCUGAGUCAUUUGUUCCUCCGCUAACAGAUAGUCAGAUAGCUUCACUGGGCUCUCCUCAUCAUCAAAACGAAUUCAGGCUAAUCAACCACUACUGCAGAAUCAUGUGCAACUUCUACAGCGUUAAGGAUCCCGAGUGGAACUUUUACACUUACAUUUGUGACAGGCUGGCCUGCUGCUAUGUGCCUCUAAAAUACUCUUUACUGGCGUGGUCCGCAUUACAUCUUUCCAUAGUGGAGUCGACCCCGCAAAAGCUAGCUAACAACUAUUACAACAGUUCUUUACAAGCGGUGAUGGGUCACGACUUUGUGAAGAGUGAUGUACCCAUAGAAAUGCUUCUCAUAACAGCAUAUUUUCUUGUUCAUUAUGACAUUAUGGCAGGAACGAAGCACUGCUACCAAAUUCUUCGACAUGUGUGGUCAUCUCUAAGGAUAGGUAGGUUUUUCAACAAUCGCCCUGGACAUUGUCCAACUUUGAGCUCAUUCGGCUAUCAGAUUGUUGUAUGGCUUCUCUAUAUCGAUAUCAGAUCAUCUUUGUUUUCCGGUAACAUUAGCUUUCCGGACUAUAUCUUGAAUGGGGACUGCCCUCCUAAGAGUAAAAGAAACCCGAAUAUAGAGUACCUCUCCACCUCCACUGUGUACGAGAAAAGAGCGGUUUCCAACAUUUUUUCACGCUCUACCAGAUACCUCAGUGGUGCUUACGGCCCGUGCUACCCUACUGAAUACUUUAAAGAUGAUGAAUUGCAAUCAAAAAUAUUAGUUUUGAUGAUGCGUGAUAUGAUGAUGUUUGGACGACUAAUAAGGCUACGAAACUGGCUAAAUCAGUGUGGUAAUUCCACGGAGUUUGAUUCAAAUUCACUACAGAAGGAGAUAAAGGAACUUUAUUGGGACAAUCAUAAGAUGUUGCAAUGGUCCGGCCAUUCUAGAAUGUCAUCUUUUCACGUGCUCAUAGAGAAUGCAUUGAUUCAUGCAAUUAUUAUCUACUUCGACCGUAUCUGUCAUCCUGAUAUUAGAAGCAACGAAAAGUGUCAAGAUUCUGCCUCUGAGAUCUUGAAGAUUUCAGUACAGCUAAAAAAUCUUCGUUGCAGGGACACGCCAGGAUCUACUCAAUGGCCGUUUCCCCUAUUUAUUGCUGGUGUUGAAACAACCGAUGUGAUCUACCAAAACUGGAUUUUGGAAGAGUUGAAAAAUUGUGAAGGCGAAGGUUGGGGACUUCAUUUGGGUAAAAUGAGGAAGCUUUUCACCGAAUGCAUCGAUAGACAAGCCAAGACAAAACGCAGAGUGGACAUAGGCGAAGUAAUGGAACUGACAACCGGAGUAUUUGUUUUAUAG